AUGGCGUUGAUGAUUCUUCUUAAACGCGGAUGCAAUUAUGAGAUCGUCUGCACGCAAAGUUCUCAUCUUCGCAUUCUCAUCAAUUCCGACAAUCACCGCCUGCUGGCUUGGUAUCUUGGAUAUCAUCGUAUCGAGGUCAUCAUAAAACGUGUUGUGGUCCUCUGCGGUCUCAGAAGAUAUUGCGCAGCCUCCUACUUUCCUUUCAUCAGCAUCGCCGCAGUAGAUGGUGUAAUUGUCGAUACUAAUGACAGGGCGAUUUCUGAUGCGUGUUUCCUGCAAUACAGCAAACGGUGCAUGCAGAUGCCACCGAUGUCUGGAAUGAGCGGCUUGUUGGAGUUCACCGGCAGUUCAGUGUAA